UAUUUCGUGUUCUCAAUAAACGUUGGAACACACGCUCUUGUGCAAGAACGACAGCGUCGGCGCGACGCCAAUUGAAAUCAGAAAAAAGUAAAUUGUGUGGGCGCGUCUUGGCUUCGAAUGUGAAAACCGUCAAACGCAUGCUAUAAAACAAAAACACAAUUAGUUUAUUAUCAAUAAAAUUGUGAAUUCACAUGAUCAUUGAAAUAUCUAAAGGUAAAGUGUUGAAUUUCAACGGCUAUAGUUUUGUCCCAAGUUACAUGGAUGUUUUUAGUGCAGUGUAUGGGAAUGCAUAUAGUUGAAGCAGUGCGAGAGUGAAACGGACGGUUUAACAGCGGGCGGUUCCCACACGUCCCAGUGCAACAAGUGUCAUUUAACGGUGAAAUAUCAGAAUUAUUGUUGGUUGGCAAAUUUUCGGAAAUAUGGGGUGCGCUGUAAGCACCACCGGUGAAAAAGAAGCAGCUGAAAGAUCCAAGAAAAUAGACAAGGAUCUGAGAGCUGAUGGAGAACGCGCAGCCAGUGAGGUCAAGCUCCUGCUACUCGGAGCUGGAGAAUCUGGAAAAUCGACAAUAGUAAAACAGAUGAAAAUAAUUCAUGAGACUGGUUACAGUAGAGAAGAAUGUGAACAAUACAGGCCUGUUGUUUAUAGUAAUACAAUUCAAAGUCUCAUGGCAAUAAUAAGAGCCAUGGGACUACUUAGAAUCGAUUUCGCUGAUCCUAGUAAAAAGGAAACAGCGAGACAAUUUUUCAUAUUAGCAUCAGCAGCAGAGGAAGGGGAAUUGUCACCGGAUUUGGUUAUGGUAAUGAGAAAACUUUGGCUAGACUCAGGAGUGCAACUUUGUUUUACACGAAGCAGAGAAUAUCAGCUCAAUGAUUCGGCAGCUUAUUAUCUAAAUGCUUUAGAACGUAUUUCUCAACCCAGUUAUCUUCCAACACAACAAGAUGUUUUAAGAACGAGAGUUAAAACAACCGGAAUUGUGGAAACACAUUUUUCAUUUAAGGGACUACAUUUCAAAAUGUUCGAUGUCGGUGGUCAGAGAUCAGAAAGAAAAAAAUGGAUUCACUGUUUUGAAGGUGUAACGGCAAUAAUAUUUUGUGUUGCUCUUAGUGGUUAUGAUUUACUUCUAGCUGAAGAUGAAGAAAUGAAUAGAAUGAUUGAAUCAAUGAAACUUUUUGAUUCAAUAUGCAAUAAUAAAUAUUUUGUUGACACAUCGAUAAUAUUAUUUUUGAAUAAAAAAGAUCUUUUUGAAGAGAAAAUAUUAAGGAGCCCAUUAACAAUAUGUUUUCCUGAAUAUAAAGGUCGCAAUACAUUUGAAGAAUGUGCAUCUUAUAUUCAAAUGAAAUUUGAAAAUCUCAAUAAGAGAAAAGAUCAAAAACAAAUUUAUACGCAUUUUACAUGCGCCACUGAUACCAAUAAUAUUCAAUUUGUCUUCGACGCUGUGACCGAUGUUAUAAUUAAAAAUAAUCUAAGUAAUUGUGGACUUUUAAGUUAAAAAUCAACAAGUUUGAAUAAUAAUUUUCAUUAUUAAUUUUUGUAAAAAAAAAAAUACAUUUUCUUGUUUUUAUAAUGCAAAGACUGCAAAACAAAACAAACUUGAAUGAUUUUUUUACAAAAAAAAAAAAAAAAAAAUUGUCACUCUCUUUUUAAAGUACAAAAUAAGAGAAGUAAAAUGCAAUUUAAUAACUAAAAGCUCAUAAAUAAUAAGGUAUUUAAAAAAAAUUAAUUAAAAUUAAUUUCUAUUUUGUAAAUUGCUUUUUGGAUUUUUAUCUAAUCGACUGAAGUUCUUGUUGUUUAAUUGAACUUGUGCCAAUAACACUUUUUUUUUAAUUCUAAAGGCACACUUUUUAGAUGUGUAAUAUAUUGUUCACAAAAAUGCACUGUAAUCUCAGAUAUAUUAUAAUUAAGAUACAAAUAAUGAGCUUCGACUCAUUUAACUUGCCUCAAAGUUUUGUGCCUUUCUUGACUCCGCACAAUACCUCGCGAGUUCACGUGUAUUUAUACUUUUUUACGAACUAAACGAAUGUCUUUUUAUAAUUGUAAGAUUUUUUUUUUUUUAAAGCUUAUGUUUCAUUAACAUAACUUCCCAAGGGAAUGUAUGACUUUUCUUUAUACAAUUUUAAUAUAAGAAAUUAUAUAUAUUAUCUAUACACACACAACACACACAAAUAAAAAAAAAAGAACAAUUUU